AUGAUGAGAAGGAAUCGCCCACAAAAAGAGGAAUCUGGAUUAGCGUCAUGUCUUUGCUUUCCGUUCCGAUGUUUCUACGGUCUUUUGCGAUCAACCAUAAAGAUUGCUUUUUAUUCAUUCAUAUUCGGAAUGGUGUUGAUGAUGGUAUUGCAAGUAUUGUUGAGGUUUUAUGUAGGAUAUAUAGGAAAGUUAAAUGAAGAAGAAGAAAACCGUGAUCAUCACAAUAUUAUUUCUGGAGGAUGGACCGAGCAAGCUCAGAUCGGACUAGAAUUGGCAUGGGAAUAUAGCAAAUUAUUUGGUACAACUACCUAUAAUGCUACUCUUUGGGUCGCUCGUUUUUUUAAGCUUUUGGGAGAUUUUGGUGUGGAACUGAUCCGGAAGUAG